AUGAAUCCAAUUCUUGACUCUAAAACACAUUGGAACUCAACGCUUAAUAUGCUUGAACGAGCCAUAACUAUGGCUCCAGCACUUAGUAGAAUAGUUAGAAAAAUUCCUGAGCUAAGUAAAUUUGGUCUUCUGCCGCAGGAAUGGGAUAUGUUAAAAGAAAUUUCAUUACCUUUAAAAGUUUUUCGUAAAAUAUCUAAGACAUUGUGUGGUGAAUCGUAUGUAACGAUGCCUCUCGCCGUUUCAGCAUAUAAUCUAAUUAUGGAUGAUCUUGAAGAUUUGCAAGGAAAAGGUCUGUCGUCAGUAAUUGAGGAAGCUAUUAGAGUAUCGCUUAAUAAAUUAAGAUCUUAUUAUGCCAGAAGUGAUAGUCCUAUGUAUGCG